AUGGGAGCAGCAGGCGGCGGUUUCUCCCCCCAAGCCAUCAAACAAGUCCCUCCUGCAGCUCGCGGACUUUACAUCUGGUUGGCGAUCAUCUGGGCCUCGUACUGCGGUGGUCUGCAUGGCUUUAACACGUCCAAUAUCUCGGGUGCUAUGCAGAUGGAGCAAUGGGAUCCAGAUUUUGGAUGGGACAAGCUUUCCAGCACGACUGUUUCGAACAAUGAGGGUUGGGUGGUAUCCUCUAUGCUGCUGGGCCAAACCGUCGGAGUCUUAUUCGCAGGCCCACUAGGGGAACGGCGGGGCCGAAAGGCAGUCAUCCUCGCUGCCGCCAUCUGCUACUCGAUCGGAGCUAUUCUCAUGGCCGCCAACCUGGGGUCCUUCGCUGAACUCCUCGUCGGGCGUAUUCUUUCCGGGUUAGGGUCUGGACUGGGAAUGUCAGCAGGACCAGUAUACAUUUCCGAAGUUGCACCCCUCGAGCUGCGCGGAAUGAUGACGACCUUCUACAAUGUGAGCAUCAUGGGCGGCGUUACAGGCAGUUACUGGAUCAACUACGCCUCGUUGCUUGUCAUCCCCGACAGCUCCAGCUGGCAAUGGCGCACCACACUCGUCCUGCAAUCCAUCCCGGCCAUCAUCCUCUUCCUCGGAUUCCCCUUCUUCCCCGAAAGCCCUCGCUACCUCAUGAUGCGCGGCCACGUCGACGCUGCCCGGCGCAGCCUGUCCCGCCUGCGCGGCGGCAUGGACGAAAGCACUGAGUACUUCGCCCGCGAAUAUGCCGAACUCCUCAGCAAGCUCGACACCACGGCCACAACGACUACUCCCACCAAAGCAUUCCUAUCCCUUCUCCACGAAUGCAUCAACCACCCACCGACCCGCAAAAUCCUCCUCUUCGUCACCCUCAUCCAAACCUUCUUCAUCAUGAGUGGAGGCAAUAGCAUUACCUACUACGCCCCAGAUAUACUGGAAUCUAUCGGCCUUGGCCAUUCAGAAGUCCUCCUUUUCACCGCCAUCUACGGCCUCGUCAAGCUCCUCUCCGUCUUAUUCUACGCCUGGUUCCUAACGGAACGCUUCGGCCGGCGUCCUCUCCUGCUGAUCGGCUCCACAAUCAACGUCCUCUGUCUGCUGUACCUGACGUGCUAUCUUGCCCUCAGCCCACCCUCAUCGUCAGGAACAGCUUCCCCUUCCGCCGCCUCGUAUGUUUGCAUUGUCGCGAUCUGCAUCUACGCCAUAGGCUACGGCUUCGGCUGGGCGCCCGUGUUCUCCCUCACAGCGUCGGAGAUUUGUCCGACCCGGAUACGCGGCACGGUAGUGACACUUGCUUUCACGUACCAGAACCUGCUCAAUUUCGGGAUUACGCGCGGGUUCCCCAGUAUGACGGAGAGUAUGCAGUCUUGGGGCCCAUUUGCGCUGUUCACGGCGUUCACGACGCUCGCGACGGUGUGGGUGGGGGUUGGGUUCCCGGAGUGUAAGGGAAGAAGUAUGGAGAAGAUGGAGGAGGUGUUUACGAGGAGUUGGUGGAAGAUAGGGUGGGCGAAGGUGCCGGAAGAGAGGAGAGUGGAAGAUGGUCAGGAGGUGGGUGAUGUUGGGGGUGAGGUAGAGAAGGGAAGCAGUUCCCAUGAGGAGAAGGUAUAA